UCUGUCUCCUUGUUCUAUCUGUGAUAUAACUGAAGCACCAGCGAUAACAAGGGACUGAAGGCACUGUGAGACAUUUUCGUCAGAGACACAUCUGACCCUUCCCCAGCAGUCACAGCUCCCCUUCCCUCUUUUUCCCCUGUGACCCCACCCUGAGCCCCAGCAGUCCUCCGCCCCAGCAUGAAUGACAUCAGUGUGGUCAGAGAGGGCUGGCUCCAUAAGAGGGGAGAGUACAUUAAGACGUGGAGGCCGCGGUACUUCAUCCUGAAGAGUGAUGGCUCCUUCAUCGGCUACAAGGAGAAGCCAGAGAUGUCGUCCGACCACAGUCUCCCACCCCUCAACAACUUCUCUGUGGCAGAGUGCCAGCUGAUGAAGACAGAACGGCCCAGGCCCAACACGUUUGUCAUCCGCUGCCUACAGUGGACCACAGUCAUAGAGCGCACCUUCCACGUGGAGAGUAACGAGGAACGGGAGGAAUGGAUGCGGGCGAUCCAAGCGGUGGCCAACGGCCUAAAGACGCGAGUGGAAGAGGCUCCCAUGGACAUCACGUUUGGCUCCCCCAGCAACUGCAGCGGCAUGGAGGAGAUGGAGGUGGCCAUGUCCAAGUCCCGCAACAAAGUGACCAUGAGUGACUUUGACUACCUGAAGCUGCUGGGGAAGGGGACGUUUGGAAAGGUGAUCCUGGUGAAGGAGAAGGCCACAGGGAUGUACUACGCCAUGAAGAUCCUGAGGAAAGAAGUCAUAAUCGCUAAGGAUGAGGUAGCACACACGGUAACAGAAAGCAGAGUCCUUCAGAAUACGAGGCAUCCCUUCUUAACGACACUAAAAUACGCGUUCCAAACACAUGACCGGCUAUGCUUUGUGAUGGAAUAUGCAAACGGAGGAGAGCUGUUCUUUCACUUGUCACGGGACCGCGUGUUCACAGAAGACCGGGCACGGUUCUACGGUGCGGAGAUUGUGUCUGCGCUGGAGUACCUCCACUCACGGGACGUUGUCUACAGAGACCUUAAGUUGGAGAACUUAAUGCUGGAUAAAGAUGGACACAUAAAGAUCACAGAUUUUGGACUGUGUAAAGAGGGAAUCACAGACGGGGCUACCAUGAAGACCUUUUGUGGUACUCCAGAAUACCUUGCACCUGAGGUAUUAGAGGACAAUGACUACGGCCGAGCGGUGGACUGGUGGGGUCUAGGUGUGGUCAUGUACGAGAUGAUGUGCGGUCGACUGCCCUUCUACAACCAGGACCAUGAGCGGUUGUUUGAGCUCAUUCUCAUGGAGGAGAUCCGCUUCCCCAAGAACCUGGCCCCCGAAGCCAAGGCCCUGCUUGCUGGCCUGCUCAAAAAGGACCCCAAGCAGAGGCUUGGAGGUGGACAAGAAGAUGCCAAAGACGUGAUGACACAGAAGUUCUUCACCAGCAUCAACUGGCAGGAUGUGGUAGAGAGGAAGCUCUUGCCUCCCUUCAAGCCCCAGGUGACGUCAGAGACGGACACCCGCUACUUUGACGACGAGUUCACAGCACAAACCAUCACCGUAACGCCCCCGGACAAAUACGACAGCUUAGACUCAGAAGACCAGAACCAGCGCACACACUUCCCUCAGUUCUCUUACUCCGCCAGCAUACGGGAGUGACCUCUCUCACAUGCGUGCACACACAAACUCACAUGAGCAAGCAGGCUAACACACGUUCACACACACUCCCACUGCUGGGGAAUUGGGAUGACACAAACUGACACUCUCUCUCUCAAACAAACACACUUGCACAACACACGCACUCUGACACCGAGAAGCGGUGAAAACAUGGAUCCUAGAGCAUGACGUGAUGACUGACCUCAGCAGGCCUGUGUGGAAAAACUGGCCGUCUUGUCUCUCAUUCUGACGGGACCAGGUGGAACCGGACAGGGCUGCUCUUAGCCAUGCCUGCAGGACCCUGCCUGUCUACCCACCACACUACUACUACUACAACUACUACACUGGGUGCAUCAACAGCACUUCACCAUCCCUGGGUUAUGCCAGCAGAUACCACAUCAUCACCAGCCGAACGCAUGCUGCACCUAUCCAACACACACACUCUGACAAGCAACACCUAAAACCUCCCAUACACUGCUGUUUUUUUUUUUUACUACUGGAUAAAAAAUAAGUCCAAACAAAUGUAGAAACACAUGAAAGGAGAAAUAUUUUUAAACUAAGUUUUCUUUUGAUUGUUACGGUUUUAAAAGCCAUAUUUCUGCAAAAGAAAAUACGAGUGCUCUUGCUGAACUUGCUGUUACAAAUCGUGUGAACUGUUCCUACAGAGGGAAAGCGGGUCGGGGAGAGAAUGAGGGGUAAGAAGGUGUGUGUACCUCGGAAGGUAGCCAUUUCCCUGCUUGCACUCUGCAUGUGUGAAUGAAUGUGUUUGGGUGUGUGGAAGGAGAAUGUAUGAACAACCAUUUGAAUCUCAACGUCUGUUUUACGUUUAUGCAUUUGCAUGUAUCUGUUUUGGAUACUGUAUGACGGCUAAACGAGGAGAGUAUUAAAGGGAAAGAAGAGAGGUGGUGGAGUUGUAGCUUCCCUGUGGAUUGACUUGUUCCUCUGGUGGUUAGAAUGCUCAGGAUGGAAAAAAAGAGAAGGGGAAGAGUAGAAGUGACCACAGCAAUUAACAUUGUUCCAGUAGCUGUCACGUUCUGAGCAGAAAUAUCCAGGAGGAAUAGCGGUCACGUUCUGAGGAGGAAUAGCUGUCACGUUCUGAGCAGAAAUAUCCAGGAGGAAUAGCUGUCACGUUCUGAGCAGAAAUAUCCAGGAGGAAUAGCUGUCACGUUCUGAGCAGAAAUAUCCAGGAGGAAUAGCUGUCACGUUCUGAGCAGAAAUAUCCAGGAGGAAUAGCUGUCACGUUCUGAGCAGAAAUAUCCAGGAGGAAUAGCUGUCACGUUCUGAGCAGAAAUAUCCAGGACAAUAGCUGUCACGUUCUGAGCAGAAAUAUCCAGGACAAUAGCUGUCAAUCAUUUGUUCCAAACAUUUCACUUUUUAUUUUGAAUUGUUGAUGUUAUUUUUUUAAACUUUUUUUGAAGAUCAUUUGGAUGUCCCCAUAUUUAAGAAUGCAAACUAUUAAAACAUGGAUCACUGAUUAUAUGUGAUGAGGCUAGACUGACUGAUAGAAAAUUGACUCUUCAGUUAUUUAACGGUCGAUAUUGAAGGUUGUGGUUCGUAUUUUCAAGGCAAUGUAAGUGACAGAUUAAGUCCUUUGUCGGGAUGUCAGAGUAGGACCAUUGAACUAGGGUUGGGGUUAGUUCAAUUCAGUUAAUGUAGGAAGUCAACUGAGUUAACGUCAUGGAUUGAAAUGUAAUUGUUCCCAACCCUGGUGUGAAACAGAUGCUGUAUAUAAUGACAAGAUGGUCUUGUCUCUGCCCUAACAAUGGGAGUUGUUGUCUCAAAGGCAGAAAAGCAGUCGUUCUGCUUAACGCUGUAUUCCCUUGUGGACAGAUUUGUAUAUUUUUCUCUCUUACCUCGCCUCUUCCUCUCUGUGUGAACUUCCCACAAUUUACCUGUCCUGAAUGCAUGUGUACACCCCAUGUCUGGCCUGUAGAAGAGUGGUUCGGGUGAAACAACCAUUGUGUUUCACAGUCAAGUGCUGUGAUGUAUUUCAUUUUUGUUGCCCUUUUCAAAGAUUCUUUCACUCAAGGACCAUUAAGACCAUGUUUCUUUUCAUUGAUUUGUUUUUGUUUUGUGGUUCACCUAUUCCUUACUUUGGGAGACAUUGUCUCAUUUAAUUUUAUAUUAUAUAAAAUAAAUUUAAACAUGUUUUUCCUUUUGGUUCUUCAUUUUGAUCAUUCAUGUGUUCCUUCUUUUAAAGUAAGUGUGUGUGUGUGUGUGCACGUGCUGUGCUCAUGCACAGCAGCAGGUUAAUGGGGCAUUGUAGAACAGCUCUCUAGUCUGCUCAAUGCCGGUGUCCUUUAGCCUCUGUACCUCCAGUAGGGUAGUGCAGUCUGACUGCUGUUUGCAAGGGCUGAGGCUAUGGGAAACAUCCCUAUCUUCACCAGCUCAUAAUCAGGCGUAAAGGCAGCUUCAGAAACGGCAGGACUGGAUUUCAUGAACAACCUCCUUCUGAUGGAUCUCUCUCCCGCUGUCUUUAAUGUUAGGACGGCCACCAGGAGGUGCUGUAGACUUUCUAAAGUUGACAGUGGCAGUAAAGCCACACAGUGCAGAGACGUCUCAAUAAAGUGUCCACGCUUUGUCUAGUGUGUACAUCUAACAUGCAAGCCAACGCCACUGACUUCUCCUGUAGGCAUUGCACACAGACAAUCGAUAUGGAACUCUUCACUGGCUAUGUAAAUACCAAAAAGGGUUGAUGAUCUUUAGGCUAGAAGGAGAAUCGGCAGCUUUGUAGAUGGAAUUUGAGUUGGAGCAUAACAGUGAUUACCUUGCUUCUCUGUAUUUUGAAUGUGAUCAGUAGUCACGAAUGUCAUAUCUCAAUGCUGAUGUACCAAGAAUUCUUUGCUCCUCCCCAGCUAAACCUCAACUCAAUAACAAGCAAUCUUUUAGGGAGAAGACUAUGUCCUGGUAGAGAGUUUCAGCCCCCAUGUUGCAAGAUUUUACAUUGUAACAGGUGUUACCUGCUACAGUAUAUGGUAGCUUAUAUUUUCAAUUAUGUGCCAGUAAAGACUUUUACUGAA